GUCAACCUAACUAAAGUUACUACACGCACUGUAAUAGAUGUAAAUGUUACACGGACAAGUUGUGACAGAUGGGUUUACGAUACGUCAACGUUUGAAGAUACCUUUAUCACAGAGCAAAAUAUGAUCUGUGACGAUACUUUGUUCCGUUCCCAUGCCAACAUGAUCACUAUGGCCGGAUUUUUGGUUGGUUCCUUUGGAUUUGGAAUUCUGUCUGAUGUAAUUGGAAGAAAGCUUGGUCUGUUGGCGCCUGUAUCAUUACAUAUAGUUGCAUCGAUAGCAACAUCUUUCUCGCCUAAUUUUACCGUGUUUGUCAUCUGUCGGUUCUUCCUUGGUGCUUCAAAUGCCGGAACCUUCAUGUCAGCAUUUGUACUCGCAAUGGAAUUUGUUGGACCAUCUAAACGAAAAUUCGUGGGAAUAGUUAUCGAGAUGUUUUGGUGUAUUGGAUUGUUUGUUUUGAGUAUCAUGGCUUAUUUUAUCCGGGAUUGGAGUACUCUACAGCUGGCUAUAUCAGUUCCAUCUGUUCUUUUGUUGGCAAUAUUUUGGUUUAUUCCAGAAUCUCCGAGGUGGCUGGUUUCUCAAGAUAAGACAGAGAAAGCUGAAAAGAUUCUUCGCAAAGCUGCGGAAGUGAAUAAAGUGGAACUUCCGGUUAAACUGUUUGAUAAAGAUCCUCUAGAUUCUGGACCGGAAGCUAAAGUUUAUGAAAUGUUUACAUCACCAGUUUUACUCAUCAGAACCUUGGUUAUCUUCUUUAACUGGAUGGUUGUUAGUAUUGUGUACUAUGGUCUAGGAUUGAAUGUUGGUAAUUUAGGUGGCGACAUCUACGUCAACUUCACAGCUGCUAACAUCGUAGAGCUAAUUUCGUAUAUAUUAUGCAUUUUAUUGCUUGAUAGAUGGGGUAGAAAAGCUCUACAUUGUACGAGUAUGUUACUAGGUGGAAUAGCCUGUAUAUUAACAAUAUUCCCCGUUUUAUACCUUGAUAAAUCUUAUGAAUGGAUCACAAUAACGUUAUCGAUGGUUGGGAAGCUUGGUGCAUCGGCCGCUUUCGCCAUUAUUUUCGUCUUCUCCGCAGAACUCUUCCCCACCAUAACCCGAAACUCCGCCCUAGGAUUUAGUUCCUUCUGUGCUCGUGCUGGUGGAAUGAUGUCCCCGUAUAUUGCGGAUUUGGGAACUAUAGUUAAGGGUGAUUUUGGUACUGCUCUACCACUGUUGGUAUUUGGUGGAUCAUCUGUAGCUGCUGGUCUCUUAUCUCUUUUACUACCAGAAACAUUGAACCAGACUUUACCUGAGACUGUUGAAGAUGCUAAACAAUUUGGAAGGUAG